CCGCAAAUGUCAUUUUUCAUUUUUGGUUGGGUUUCGGUAUCUCCUAUGUAUUUGUUACCGAUAUAUUUAUUUUAGUAUUGUGAUUUAAAAUAUCACAAUAACUCGGUACAUUUUAUACCAAAUGCUUUAACAAAUCCAGUUUGUUUUACUAUCAACAAGGAGAGAUUGGAUUCCUGCAAUUAACUUCAUUCACAGUAUAAAAAUAAUAGAAGCUAAUAGUAUUAGGAAGAUACCUUCAAAGUCUGUAGAAUGGAUCACCGAAGUCGAAGCCCCAGGUUCAGAAACACCAAAAUCGAAAGAGAAGAGAGAAGUUUCAGUAUCAGUCCUCUGAGUGACUAUGAUGGUAAAGCACACGGAAGCAUGUCUGCUAGGAAAAAGUCUGAAGACCGAAAUAAGAGAUUCUUGAGGCAUUUCGACGAGAGAAACGACAAAAGAGACAAAAAAACAUCUAAGACCAAGCAAGACAACUACAAACACAUGUCUGCAUUCGAUAACAGUGCUAGAUACAACGAAGAGCAUAUAACAGACCCCUCGGUGUGUAAUUUUGAGCCUCAAAUCCAAAUGUCCCACAAUUCUUACGUACCCCCGAAGAGCACCAAUCCAAACGACAGAUUAGAUCGUUUAGAAAAAAUGAUGGAGAAAUUAGUGGAGAGCAGCAUAAACAAACAGCAAAUAUUACACGUUAAUAACGGUCAAGAGGCAAUCACCAAUUCUAUGGACUUAUUUACGAAAACUUCCCACAUAACUACAUCGGCGUGGUUAAACAAGAUUAGUGAAGAGUGUUUAGAAAGGAGAUACGAUGAGAUUACUUGCAUAAAUUUCAUCCAGAGUAAAAUGUCUGGAUUGAUGAAAGCUUGGUUUAAAACGCUCGAUGCGUACCAAUACACCUGGCCAGAAUUGAAAAUGCUAAUUAUCCAAACCUUUCCAGACACCACGGACUUUGCUUGCACGUUACGUUUGCUAGUGGACAGGCUGAAAAUACCGGAAGAAACCAUCACGCAGUACUAUUUUAGCAAAAUGUAUCUAAUCGAAGCGUGUAAAAUAUCCGGUUGCAACGCAGUUUCUUGUUUAAUCGACGGUUUGAGCGAUCCGCAGAUCCAGAAAGAGGCUAGGGAACAGAAUUAUCUGACACCCGAGAGUUUUUACUCAGACUUUCUGAGAAAUCUUCCGAAUUUCGGAAUCAGCACUCAAAUAAUAGAGCCGUUAAUGUCUGGUAUAGCUCGAGAGCCGGUCAUUAAGGAAAGGGACCAGAUAAUGAGGGAGCGAUCUCAUGGGAACAGGGACAGGGAACUCGGAAUGAAGGACAGGAAUCACGGCAAUCGAGAGUCGAAGAAGAGGAAGGAUUACGAUGACAGUAGAGCUGCACCAAUUUGUUUCAAAUGUAGACAAAAAGGACACAUAGCAAUUAAAUGUCCCAAUUAGAUUUUAACAGUUAAGACAAACAGUAUCUUAUUUGUAAAUUAUUUAAGUUCUUUUUUUAAAUAUGAACUUUUGUAAAUGUACAAACUGUUAUAAAUGUAAAUUCCCCCACACUUUUAUAAGAUGUUUUGAUUUCAUUUCUUUUGUGUUUUUUGACAGCU